CUCCCGCCAGCACUAUCUCCUCUGGAGCACUCUCCCUUUUAAUAGAGCCCUGCAGGUCUUUAUCAGCCGUUGCCUUCUGCCCUGGGAAGCCAGCUGGAGUCUUUAAAGAAAACUGAGCACCUCCUGCCACUUAAAAUCAAAAACUACCUAAAAUAAAGAUUAUAGAGCCAGAGGAAGAGAACACCAUGGAGGACAGCGCCACCGUGGUUAAACUGGACAGGCGUAAAAACCAGGUUUCACCAUGUCGAGGGAGGAAGUGCCUCCCCAAGGCUCUUGGUUAUGUCACCGGUGAUAUGAAAGAAUUUGCCAGCUGGCUUAGAGACAAACCUGUGAUACUCCAGUUUGUCGACUGGGUUCUUCGGGGCAUAUCCCAAGUUGUGUUCGUCAGCAACCCCAUCAGUGGAAUCCUGAUUCUGAUGGGACUUCUGGUCCAGAACCCCUGGUGGGCUCUCAAUGGCUGUUUGGGGACAUUGGUCUCCACUCUGACAGCUCUCUUGCUCAGCCAAAACAGGUCAACAAUAGCAGCCGGGCUGCAGGGCUACAAUGGCACCCUGGUGGGAAUACUCAUGGCUGUCUUCUCAGACAAGGGAAACUAUUUCUGGUGGCUGUUGUUCCCUGUAUCUGCUGUGUCCAUGACUUGCCCAGUUUUCUUAAGCGCAUUGAAUUCUGUAUUCUGCAAAUGGGACCUACCUGUCUUCACCCUCCCUUUCAACAUGGCGUUGUCAAUGUACCUUUCAGCCACUGGACAUUACAAUUUGUUCUUUCCAAGCAAAUUGUUCACGCCCGUGACUUCAGUUCCCAAUGUCAGCUGGUCUGACCUCAGUGCCCUGGAGCUACUGAAAUCUGUGCCAGUGGGGGUUGGUCAGAUAUACGGCUGUGAUAAUCCGUGGACAGGGGGCAUUCUCCUGUGUGCCAUCCUCCUCUCCUCCCCGCUCAUGUGCCUGCACGCUGCAAUCGGGUCGUUGCUGGGGAUAGCAGCAGGACUCAGUCUUGCAGCUCCAUUUGAGGACAUCUACUUUGGCCUCUGGGGUUUCAACAGCUCUCUGGCCUGUAUUGCAAUGGGAGGAAUGUUCGUGGCACUCACCUGGCAAGCUCACCUCCUGGCUCUUGCCUGCGCCCUGUUCACUGCCUACCUUGGAGCCAGCAUGACACACCUAAUGGCUGGGGUCAGAUUGCCACCUUGUACCUGGUCCUUCUGUUUGGCCACAUUACUGUUCCUCUUGCUGACCACACAAAACCCCAACAUCUACAGGAUGCCCCUCAAUAAAGUCACUUAUCCUGAAGAAAACCGCAUCUUCUACCUACAAGCCAAGAAAAGGACAGUUGAAAGCCCUUUGUGAGAGAGACCCCAUCCACAGCUGUGGCUGCACGUCAUUUCUGACUCACCGUGCCAGCUGACUUCCAGGGUCUUGGCAAACUAUUGUUUUUCACUAGUAGCAACUUUUGUACUAAUCUGUCAGCGAUCUAUUCUUAUGCUCAUUUUGUAUUUUUCUUUUUGACUCCAGGAAUAUCCUCAAGUAUAUGAUAGCCUCAUCUAGGUGAUGUACUUUAGUGUGGAAUUUUAAACCCCAUUGGGGGGUUAGUGCUAAGACUGUAAUGUACAUACAGUCAAAAUGCUUCAACAGGAAGAAGAAAUGAAGCCAGAACUAAUUAUUGACAUUUAUUGAUAUUCUUGGUGUUUGGCUGGCUAGAGGAUAUUAACAAUAUUAAAAAUUAAGCUCUAUAAACCAACUAAGCCAUAAAGAAUUCACAGUGAUCAAAUUGAAGUCAACCCAGAAUUCUCAGAUAAGCAGUUUGGCUUUUUCAAAUCAAUGCAAGUUACACAUUACAGCUGUGGUCAACACUGCAGAGGCGCAGGCUGAUGGCUGAGCUCGGUCCCCACUUCCUCAGGAGAAUGGCCUCCACGCUGUUCACUGUGUGUGUGGCACUCUCUUCUGGGAGAUGAUAGGGUUUUUUCAGGUAAACAGAGCUUCAGGAGAGAGAAAGGGAUUUUGUCAGUCAUAAUUAUUCUGUGUUGCCACUUUUCUUAGAGAUGGCAAAGGAUUUUUUAGAUAGAGAUUAUUAUUUUUUCUUAUGAUAAAGGAUUUGUUUUUAAUGAGACACAGUAAGAGAAGAUUCUAGCUUAACCAAUUCCUAGAUAGUAAAGAAAACUUACAUAUAUAUAAAAGACUCAGCACAGCUAUUUUUACUAUAACCCCUAAAUUGAUUUUGUAAAUGCCGCAAAUGCAUAAAAUUGUCACCAACCCCUAAGGACCCUUUAAAGUCACAUUUUUAAUUCAUCUGAGAAUGUCUUAUAAAGACUAGAGGUUAAGGUUAAAUUGCUGAUGGGUGUUAUUUUUAGAAGUUGUUGAAUUUCUUACUUAAAAAAAAAAACAACUCAUUAUGUUCUGCACAGAAUCCAAUGGUACUUGAACCACCAAACAGAAACACAGGUAAGGAAUUCUCCUGUUUUCCUCUUUUUAAUUUACCAAUCAUCAGUUCUAUAGAGGUUCUAUGACCAAACUUGCUGAAGAUGGUGGUGGAAAGUUAUUACCUUCCACUUCAGUACAUAUCGGUGCAGUGUUUUGUGGACUGGAAAAGUGAAACUGGAAUUCUAAAGAUGAUUUCCUUUUUGGUUUUACAGUGCUCAGUGCACAUUAUACAGUUUGCUGAAUGAAUCAACACACAUAGGGAAGUAAACCUACAAAUAUUUUAGUCAAAGUUCACAUCUUCCUUUUCUCAGGAAAACAAACAAACAUUUAAAACGUUGCAAUUUAAAAACCCUGUGACCAAAGCCUUUUGAAAUCAUGAAUUUGCAGCUGUCGUAGAUUUGUGGAUAUUCCUGUGGAAAAACUAAAUUUUCAGUAUUUGAGCUGAAAUCUUCCUUGUUAGGGAUUUCUGAAAUAAGAGUUAGGGGAAACAAAUAAAGCAAACAUAACCAAAGGUCACCAGCAGCAAAGAAUCUGGGCCAUGGCUGAGUAAGUCAGAGGCCUCUACAGUGGACCAAGCUUAUCUUCAGAAUGGAGCUCUGGUGUGCUAACUACAGGGUCUUCUCCCUUUGUGCCCACACAGACUUGUAAAUAGGAACAUUGUCUAAUUUAAAUGGUAUUAAUUCUCUCAACACUUUGUUACUAAGUGUUAUCCUAAAAUUGAAUUUUCUUAGGGAACACUUGUAUUUUUUCCUAUUGUUUGUAUAACAAAUUUCUUUGUAAGUAUAGGAAUAAAUUAUACUCACAGCUCA